AUGUCUAUAUUCGGUGAACCACUUCCCCAUGAGGAUGACACGGCCACGUCCCUCAUUCGCCGGGAGGGGUUUCCUCCGUUUUCCACGUACGAUCAAAUGCCAGUUCACUACGCCUGCAGUUGCUGCGCGGAGAUCAAUCCUUCACGGGGCCGCAACCACUUGUUGCGCACUGCUAAGCAGGAGAAGGAACUGGAGCGUGAAAAGCUAAUGCAAAUCAACAUCAUUGAGGAACGCGCGAAGAACCCACAUCCCUCAAUCCCCCGCCCGCGCACCAGCAACCUGCAGCGGGUCAUGGAAGACGAAGAACUAAACCAGCCUGCAAUUCCCCUACCGCCAACGACAUUAGAUGAACUGCGGAAAUCGCGACGACAGACGAAUACAACGCGUCUCAUCGUCACGGUACACCAUGGUAAGAGCAUUAAUGUCGAUCCACGUGAUCCAGUUUCUGUCCUUGUGCGCUGUGGUGCGUUUGAGGGUCAAACAGCAAAGGUCCCCCGUGGAAGAAGCGCCAUCUGCACGUGGGAGGAGCUGUUUGAGUUCCCGUAUCCAAAUGAGGAGGAGGGUUUGGAGGUGCUUGUCGUUGAUGACACACUUCCAGCUGAAAACGACCACAUGUUUGGAGGUAUUGUUGUCCCCCCACAUGCUCUUCGUAAUCGCGCUCGCGGUGAUGAGGAAACCUUGCCGGUUUGUGCGGCAGGGGAGAUGCACCGCAGCUACGGUCGCAUGAAGGAAACGCCGAUGGGUUCCAUCGUUGUGUCAUGGUAUGUAAAGCGUGACGGGGAGGACGAUGCAGAUGGUGCGGCCUUGAAGCAAAACCUUGAGGGCGGCCCCAUUAACUGUAACUUUGUUGUCCACCGUUUGUUCCAAUAUACAGAUAAUGGCGCCCUCCCAUACAACGGUGGUGUGCUGUGUCUGCUUCGCGACACGGACGACAACUGCUCAGAAUCAGGUCUCUACACAUUCAACAGUGAGGGAGCCAUGUCGUCCUCGCCAUAUUACGGAAAGGGAGGAUGUACCUACUUGCCCCAGGACCGUUCGCAGAUGCUGCAACUCAUUACACCCAAGAAACUUGGUCACGUUCUCAUUUGUGUUACCAAGGAUGAGGUCGAAAACGAAGAAGACGAAGAACUCAUUGUGGUCGGUGCUGUUCCACUUGACUUCGAGAAGCUUUACCACAAGGGUUCUGCAGUUUUGCUCGUCGAAUCCAAGGUCAAAGAGGAUGUACUCUGGGGUGAGAUCGCGGUCGAGUGGGGAAUCAUAUCAUAUGCAACCAUUCAGAAGAGUAAUGAGGAAGAUAGACAGGGUACACAAAUGUCAAAUGACCGUACUGGACAGAGAGAUGGAUCAGGACCACGUGAAUCAUUGUUCUUGACGGUUGUUCGUGGACUCAACCUGACAGACCGGGAAGGGGAACCAUUGGCGCAGGGACAGGUUUCCGUCUUUGCUUGUGAUAUGGAAGGUUCAACAUACUCUGCGCCAGCUGUGGUAGAGGCUGACGGCUUAGCGCAUGUCAUCACUUGGAAUCAAGAGGUGCGCUUCAUUGAGAUGGACGGUGGGCAAGCCUUCAUUGACGUUCAAGUUCUUGACGACAAGAGAAUUGUGAGCAGUGGGCGCUUUGAGUUGCUCAACGACAGUGAUGCCUUGACCGUAAAAAUGCACGACCCGCAAAAUGAAACCGUGAAGAGGGGAGAAAUCCUUGUCUCCUACAAGCUCAUCCGAUCCACUGAGGAGGAUGACGGUGAGUCCAAGAGGGAGCUAAGUAAUGAAAAGGAGGAGGAAGGCUCCAGUCCCAGGAGAGGCGCGAGCGGACGAUCUGGCCGGGGAGGGAGCAAACGACAGAGUGAAAUGAGGAGUGACCAGCUCUCUUCAAGGAGGAACGAAGAUGGUUCAGAAUAUGCAAGUGACUCUCGCGAGAAGAGUGCGGAGAAGGGGCGGUCCGCAAGGGAAAAAUCACCUUCGAAGCAACGGUCGCAGAAGCGCUCCCCCAGGAGCUCAAGGAAAAGUAACAGCAAAGGUUCCACUGCCAGGCAGACAUCGCGGUCACCAAAGAGCACUUCUCCGAAGCGUAAUGAAGAAGAGGGGGGCAGAUAUCUUGACGAGCUCGAUGAGCAACAGGUGAAGAGCGCAGAGGAUGGACGCUCCCCCAAGGAGAGACCACUCUCAAAGCGCAGUGAAGAAGAAAGGGGAUCGGAUAGGUUCAAUGAAUCUGCGGCUAAGAGCGCAGAGGACGACCGGUCCGCACAGGAUAAGCCACUUUCAAAGCGCAAUGAGGAAAAUGAAGAUCUCGAGGAACUCGAUGAGCAGCAGGUGAAGAGCGCGGAGGACGACCGUUCUGCACAGGAGAGACCACUCUCAAAGCGCAGUGAAGAAGAAAGGGGAUCGGAUAGGUUCAAUGAAUCUGCGGCUAAGAGCGCAGAGGACGACCGCUCCGCACAGGAUAAGCCACUCUCAAAGCGCAAUGAGGAAGAUGAAGAUCUCGAGGAACUCGAUGAUCCUCAGGGCCACGCUGCUGAGGACGAACAACAUCCCAGUGGAGGAGAGCGCAAGAAGAAGCGUUCCCCAAAGGAAUCGGAAAAGAGCCGCAAGUCCCCGAAAGAGGGAAAGGAGAAGCGAUCACCCAGAGAAACAACAGGCAAGUCAAAGGAAGAGUCGGAAAAGAGCCGCAAGUCCCCCAAAGAGGGAAAGGAGAAGCGAUCACCCAGAGAAACAACAGGCAAGUCUAAAGAAGGAUCGGAGAAAAGUCGCAAAUCCCCCAAAAAAAGCAAAGAAAAGCGCACUCCCACGGAGGCAGCGGGUAAGUCGGCCGAUGAGGAGGGGUAUGGAGAUGAUGGGCCUCUUUCAAAGCGCACUGCAGAAGAGGAGAGUUUGGAGGAGCUUGAUGAACCCCAGGGACUUGCUGGUGCGGAUGAACGGUAUCCUGUGAAGGAGGAUGAAUAUACCCGUUCUCCAAAGGAAUUGGCGGAGGAGGAUCUGGAGGAGCUCGAUGAGCCCAAGGCGGAGGAACCCACAGAGGAGCAGCCGCUCUCGAAGCGUAAUGAGGAAGGGGGUGAACGAUUGUCUUCGAAGGGCUCUGAGGGGCGCUUUGAGAAGGAAGGUGGGAAGGAGCAGCGGACAGUGAAACUCGACGUACCACCGACACCGAGCCCAGAUCGGAAGCCGCCAAUUGGCAAAGGAGAUGAGCGUAGCGCAAAGAAGAAGGCAGCAUCUCAAGGCGGCUCCGAGAAGCGUUCCGGAUCGGGGAAAAAACCGGUUUCACCCGAGGCAGCAACGAAGAAGGGUAGACUCAGCGGACAGCGGGACUCCGCAGAAAAUGUACGUGGCCGCGGCGACAGUGCGGGCCGAACCCGGGCUGCCGAAGGGAAACCCUCCACCUCAGAGGCUGAAAGUUCAGAUGUCGGUGCCGCCGCCAACACCCGCAACAGGUCACCGCGAAGUUCUGUCCGACGGCCAAGUGAGAGAUUGGAUGAGCACAACUUUUCAAUCAGCCCCGGGGCGAGUCUCACCUCCGGCAACUGGCAGCCGUGGCAUCCAACCAAGAACGCCAGCAAUGAGGACCACAUCCCACUCGAAAAGCGCACCACAUUCCGCAAUCGCACCGAAACUAUCAAGCAACUAGAGAUGCGAUCCCGCGAUUCGAGAUUGAGUAGCGGGCACCCUUCGGGCAACCGUGAUUCUUCCCGACGCGCUUCAACAAACCGCGAAUCAUCCGUUGGGCGAGGUUUCUAA